AUGUCGCAGGAUACAGGUUUAUUCAGUAUCAGACGCCCUCGAGAAUCAAUGGCACAGACUCUGGGGAGCGUACAAAACUUCUCCUCCCUGCCCCAACCGUCGUCGGCCUUGAAACGCACUAGUUCGAUGGGAUUCCAAAACCCGCCCUUCACUUCCCAACAUACGCGCUCCAUGUCGCUGAUGAAUUCGGCCAGUCGGCCGCAACAACCUAACUUCCAACGUUCUUCGUCCGGGGGGUUCGGCGCUGAUGCCGGUUUGUCAUCCGUCCGCCGCUCCGUCUCGAGCAACAUAUUCCACGGCGCGAGUGUCAGUCGCCCAAGCUAUGCUCCAGGACCUUUGUCUUCGUCGAACCCAUCGUUGCAGGGCCUUCAGCGGAGGAGCAGCGUCUUUUCGCGACCGUCGGUCGGAGGCGCAAUGGGCCACCAGUCCUUCUUUACGCAGGUCCCUACAGCGGCUGGGGUCCCCAGGGAUCCACGACCCCUCCGAGACCGGUCAUUUCAGGCUCGCAUCGGACAAGAGCUCCUGGAGUAUUUGACCCAUAACAACUUCGAGCUCGAGAUGAAACAUUCCCUGAAUCAAAACGCCCUGCGGUCGCCGACGCAAAAGGAUUUCAACUUUAUCUUCCAGUGGCUAUAUCAUCGCAUCGACCCAGGCUACCGGUUCCAAAAGAGCAUGGAUUCAGAAGUCCCACCAAUCCUCAAGCAACUGCGCUACCCCUACGAAAAAGGCAUCACCAAAUCCCAGAUCGCGGCCGUCGGGGGCCAGAACUGGCCUACGUUCCUCGGCAUGCUGCAUUGGCUGAUGCAGGUGGCCCAGAUGAUGGACCGGUUUAUCUUGGGAGAAUACGACGACGCGUGUGCCGAGCUCGGUGUGGAUGUCUCGGGGGACCGCAUUAUUUUCCGUUUUCUCACGGGCGCCUACCAUGACUGGUUGCAGGGCGGCGAGGACGAGGACGACGAAACCGCCGAGAAACGGUUGGUUCCACACGUCGAAAUGAUGGCCCGGGAAUUUGACAAGGGGAACGAAAAGUACGUCCAGGAACUACAGGCCCUCGAAGCCGAAAAUCGGUCCCUGCGCGAUCAAAUCGAAGAAAUGGAGAAGACUGCCCCCGAUAUUGCCAAACUCGACAAGCACUUCCGCAUCUUAGAGGACGACAAGGGGAAAUUCGAGGACUACAAUCAGAAUGUCCAGGGCAAGAUCGAGAAGUACGAAAAGCGCAUCCAGUUCCUGGAUGACCAACUCAAGAAGACCGAGACGGAACUGCUGGCGGCGGAGGAGGAGCGCUCGGGCUUGCAGGCGAGCGUCGACCAGCAGGGGAUCACGAUCCAGGAUAUUGAUCGGAUGAAUACUGAACGGGAGCGGCUGCAGAAGAGCCUCGACGACACGGUCAGUCGACGGGAAGAGACCGACGCGCGCGUCAUGGCGAAGGAAAAUGAUGCGAGCAAGAAGCUGGAGGAUCUGGAGGAGAUCGUUAAGGCUUACAACACUCUGGGCUACCACACCAGUCUGAUUCCCCGGUCUGCGGUCAAUGCCAAAGGCCAGGACUACGAGCUCAGCCUCAACGUCAACGAAAGCCACUUUUCCGCCUCCCAGAUCGGCGGAGCGCCGAACCGGAUCUCAUCGGAUGGGGAUCGACUGCUGGCAGAGCCAUUCACGGGCUAUCACCCGGCAUAUCUACUAAAUUUGGAUCUACGGGGGGCCGUCCGCAGCAGUCUUCAGGCGCUUCGCAAGGAAAUCAACGAGCGACGGAAGCACGCCAUUGAUGAUGACCUGGAGCGGCGCAACCUCCUGGAUAAUAUCAAGGAGGCGAUGGACGAGAAGCGGAGCGAAGUGCACGCCUUAGAGCACAAGCGACGCGCCGCAGAGGAGGAGUUCGAGCGGACCAAGGAGAUCACCACGACGCAAAAACUCGCCUCGGACGCCCAGAUCGAGAAAAUGGAAAAGGAGUUAGCCAAAAUGCGGGCCACGAUGACCGAGAGUGUGCAGCUGAUGGAACAGCGGGAGAUGAACACGAACAUCGAGUACGAACAACUCACCCUCCGAGCCAAUGCCCUCCGCGAGGAGCUGCACACCAACGUGGAAAGCAUGCUGCACGACGUGAUCCGGUUCAAGGUCCAUAUCCAGAAAGGGCUGGAAGACUAUGAGAAUUUCGUGGUCGACGAAGUGGAGCAGGAGCUGGGGGGCGACGUGCCUAUGGAGGAGGACAACGACCAACCCGGCGAGAGCUGA